CCAGGGAUGAAAGGUUCAGUUUGACGGCUCACGGCUCACAACGGUGACGGUGACGCCGCCUCCUUGGCCCCCCCCCCCCGCGGCCUUUUAUAAAGAGGAGCAGAGGCCCCUCCCGCUGCAGGGCUGCAGGGCUGAGCUCGGGGAGCAACCUCCGGAGGGGCAGACGCGGGGGUGCGGCUCCCAUUAGGAACAGCCAGCUGACAGGUGGACAGGACCUUCGUCAGCUGGCGGAGGGUGUGCCUGGGGGAGAUGAAGGCCUGCUGGGUGCGAGGGGUGGCCCUCUGCCUCCUGCUGGGACCUCUGGCGGACCCCUAUGCUGAGCUGCCCGCCAUGCCCUACUGGCCUUUCUCCACCUCUGACUUCUGGAACUAUGUGCAGUACUUCCAGACCCUGGGGGCCUACCCCCAGCUUGAGGAGAUGGCCCGCACCUUCUUUGCGCACUUCCCGCUGGGGACCACGCUGGGCUUCCACGUCCCCUAUCAGCAGGACUGAGCAGCAGCCCAAAUCCCUAGCCUCCUGCUCAAUAAAUCCCUGACUUAACACGAAUGCUUCUGGUUUUCUUGCAAGAAAAUCUCCCGUCAGGCCACAUUUCCUUUCUUACUUGACAAAUGAACCACGGCCAGACUCAGGACUCUGCUUUACGUGUCACCCUCUUACCUAAGCUCACAGCCUCUUGGAGGGGGUGCUGCAAGAUCCCUGGAAGGCAGGGGGAAACUGAGGCAAACAGACACCAGGACACUGCCUGACUUAUUGACGGACCCAGAUCCAGGCAGCCACACCCCAAAGUCCCUGCCCUCAGCCACUGAGGAGGGCAGCA